UAUUUGGAUAUUAUAGAGAAGAUGAGCUGCGGGGCUCCGGUCAGGAGGGUUCCCAACGACAAAGUGGGCUCCAGCGAGGACGUGAACACGAGCUCUGAGAUCUUCAUCCCACAUCAAGGCCACAAGGAGCCCCUCCAAUUUCUACUUCCUCUUCCUCGUCUCCAUUCGUCAUUGCCGACGCCAGCCCCCCCCCUGUCGGAUCGGGCCUACCUGCAGGCGGCGGCCAUCUUCGGCCGGCUGCGCACGGAGAAGCCGGUGGAGCAACAGCGCCUGCAUUAUGGGAGGGGGGCGGCCACGCCGCUACCGGAGAGCGGAGCCGGAGCCGCCCAGAGACGGGCCUACCAACUCGCCUUCAACACGCUCAAAUACCAAGAUUUACUGGAGGACAUGAUUGCCGACAGCUGCUUCCACACUUCCCAGCACAUUUGUGGCGACUUGUUGCCGUUGGCGAUGGUCAUGCUGUUUGACUUCCAGGACCGACGCUUUUUGACGCAUGACCGUUCAGCAAAGGAAGGGGAGGAGCCUCUGCAGGAAGUCAGGGACUUGGAGCACAGUCUGCAGAGGUGUAAAACCAAGCUGGCAGCAUCUCUUGCUCGCUGCAGAGUGAAACAGAACCUGCAGAGCGUCUCCUGUUUUCUCUCUGAUCCUGUGAGGACCAAACAGCGCAGAGCAAAACAUCUGCCACUGUACGCGUGGGUCAAUACUCUCAAGACCAGUGUCGAGGAGGUGUGCAAAGCGCUGCGAGGCGCCGGCCUGCGGGAAGUGGAGCUCUCGACGGACCUCAGCGAGGCGGCGUUCUGCAGAGACCCUCUCUGUCCGGACACACUGGUCUUCCCACGGCAGCUUCAUGCGCUGCUGCGGCACGGCAGCCUCACUAGCACACAUGUACUCAACACACAGGACAGGAGCCUGUGCGUGGCGGUGAGCGCGCUGCGCCCCCUGCUGUUCGACAAAGGCGACGUCCUGGUGGCGGGGUCCUUCUCGGCCGCCACCGUGGCUCACGUGUGUGUGGCGGCGGCGGCCCGCUCCGGCCGAGCGCUGGUGUGCGGCGCCGAUCACGCGGCCGCGCAGCUGGAGGAGAUGCAGGAGCUGCUCGCACGGAUGGACAUCAAGAACGUGCGAGUCCUGUCGGAAGCCUUCUGCGGCCUGGACGAGUGGGACGCCGCCGUCCAGCGCUUAAAGGUCAUCAUCGUGCUGCCCCGGUGCUCGUCCUCCGCACUCAAUGACCCCGUGCCCGCCAUGCACAGCGAACACGGAGACUGGGACCUACUGCCAGACCUGUGUCACAGUUCUGUGUCCCGCAACAAGAUACACAAAAUGGCCAGCCAGCAGGCACGGCUACUGGCACACGCGCUCUCCUUCCCCAAGGUCCAGACGGUGGUCUACUGCACGCGCUCAGUGUACGCCGAGGAAAAUGAGCAGCUGGUGAAAAGAGUGUUGGAGAAAGCACACACUCACCCCAAACUGCUGCCCUUCAGGGUGAACGGCCCCAUUUUCUCCGAGGGCUCCCAGUCAGGGGACACGACGGACUCCAAGUUCUUCCAGCUCGAAGCAUCCCAGUUCACCAACGGCUGCUUCAUUGCCCGGCUGUCCCGACAGGCGGAUCCCACGAAGGUAGAGACGGUCCACGAUGUGCUGGCAAGGGCGGCAGCAAAGGGCCUCCUGGGUGGAAUGAUUCCCGAACAAUCAAAACCCGCUAAAAAGGGGAAAAGCAAGAAGAGUCGCGUCACGUCGGCCGGCAGCAAAUGCUCACGCACCUCGAGCCAAGAAAGGCAGACGGGAAGCGAGGUUGGGGAAGAGCCGGUCGCAGCUUCGAAGAAAGCCGAAGAAGAAAAGAGAGGCGAACAUGGCGAGGAGGGAGAAGAGGGAAAGGAGGUAGACAAGGAGGGGAAGGUGGGAAAGAAGCCGAGAGGGCUGAAAGGAGGGAAGAGAAAGGCCAAGGGGCAAACCAGUAGAACUACGGAAGCCUCAAAGCAAAACCUGAAAAGCCGCACGAAGAAAUCCACAAAGACUAAAGUCAACCAAGCGCAUCACAAGAGGCGACUUCCAAGAAGUAAACCCAGAAGAAUACCUCGUCUCACACUGACGUUAAUGUCCUCCACAAAACCCUCCAACCACUUGUCUCCGAUCACGGCCCUCGCGCACAAGCUAAGCAACAAUCCGACGAUUCAAUCGCAGCAGAAUGACAUUAGGGCCCCGUCGCCGGCCCGUCCCGCUCCACUCGCUCCCUACGGGGCCUCCAAGCAGGUGCAGGGACGCAGCACGGAGCCCGAAAGAGCGGAGAGAACGAGAAAGGACGGAGCGAGACCGGAGAGUCCGUUCAAGGCCAGAGGAAAGGCGGUCAGACCUAGGAAAGAGGACGUGGUGAAGCCCGCAGACCUUGUCCUGCCACCUAUUUCCUCCCCCUCCUCCGGCUCCGUGAGCAGUCGGAGCCGGAGUUCUCCCCGUCGCCGUCCGUCCCGGGCCUCCCACUCUCAGCUCGCCCAGAUAUCUGCGUCGUCCUCCUCGGUCUACCUGCCAUCAUUAUAGAAGAGCUCAGUGCAGUCGCAAAGGACU